UCAUGGUCGUCAAAUUCUCAGCUUAUCAUCUCUUCAAUUCAAUUUUCCAAAAAUUAAAUUUCAAAACCCUGAAAAAUGUCAGGCCGUGGUAAGGGAGGCAAAGGAUUAGGCAAAGGAGGAGCUAAGAGGCACAGGAAGGUGUUAAGAGAUAACAUUCAAGGUAUUACCAAGCCAGCUAUUCGUAGGCUUGCUCGUAGAGGUGGGGUGAAGCGUAUUUCUGGAUUGAUUUAUGAGGAAACUCGUGGGGUUCUUAAGAUCUUUCUUGAAAAUGUGAUUCGUGAUGCUGUUACAUAUACUGAACAUGCUAGGAGAAAGACUGUGACGGCUAUGGAUGUUGUUUAUGCUCUUAAGAGGCAAGGAAGGACCCUUUACGGAUUUGGAGGUUAGGGUGUUGGUUAGUGGUUGUAGAUUUGGUUUUAGUGAAGUUGGGUUAGUUUUUUUUUGUUUGAUUGUAUGAUCUUGAUAUUGUAAUUCCUUGUUACACAAACAAUUAAUGGAAGGAGAUCAUAUGUCCAGUAAUAAUUGCAUUUGUUAUGAUUUUUGAUAUUGGUUCAGCUCUGGUUGUGUUGUAUGAGAAUCUCUCUCGUUUCGGUGAUUACAGUUCUGAUGUAUCUUCUAUAUACAGUUGUAUAUUAUUCGUGUUUUGAA